GGUCUUUGCGCGUGUGGGUGAGUUUCUCCUAAUGUGUUUUAGAUUUUAAUAUCUCACAAGUAAAAGGCAUUGAAUUUGGUCCAGUAAAAAAUUGUGUGCAUUUCAUCGUUUGUUCCUAAGAAUUUGGUGGCAAAAUAAAUCACCAUGCCGCAAAAUGAAUAUAUGGAACGCCAUGCAAAGCUUUAUGGCCGGCGAUUAGAUUAUGAGGAACGUAAACGUAAGAAGGAAGCUCGUCUUCCAAAGGAAAGAGCGAGAAAGGCUCGUAAAUUGCGUGGUAUUAAAGCAAAACUUUUUAACAAAGAGCGAAGAAACGAGAAAAUUUUAAUAUCAAAGAAAAUUAAAGCUCAUCAAGAAAAGAAAUGCAAGAAAUUAGACGAAAAAGUAGAAGAAGGUGCCGUCCCACAUUAUCUCUUAGAUAGAGGCUUGCAAGCAAAUGCCAAAGUCUUAUCUAAUAUGAUCAAGCAGAAAAGAAAGGAGAAGGCUGGUAAAUGGGACGUACCCUUGCCAAAAGUUCGAGCACAAUCCGAUGCCGAAGUAUUCAGGGAACUAAAAAGUGGAAAAACUAAAAGAAAAUCAUGGAAACGUAUGGUGACCAAAGUUACAUUCGUAGGAGAAAAUUUCACCAGAAAACCUCCUAAAUUUGAAAGAUUUAUAAGACCUAUGGGAUUAAGAAUGAACAAAGCUCAUGUAACGCAUCCAGAACUUAAGACCACAUUUUAUCUUCCCAUUAUUGGAGUUAAGAAAAAUCCCAGUUCACCAAUGCUUACUUCAUUAGGCGUAAUGACAAAAGGAACUGUUAUCGAAGUUAAUAUAUCAGAUUUAGGUCUUGUCACACAAACUGGAAAAGUUGUUUGGGGCAAAUAUGCACAAGUAACAAACAACCCAGAGAAUGAUGGUGUUGUCAAUGCUGUUUUGCUAGUUUAAUGAAAUAAUCAUAGUUAUUCUUUAUACAUAGAUUGUAAUAAACAAAGGGAUACACUCUUCAAUUAAUACAUGAAUUUGUUUUGAA